UGACAAGUAGAGAGGGCCCAGUUAUUACGGAGUAUUUAUUUACAUCAAAACCAAUAAAUUUCAUUCUUAUACUUCCGUUCAUGUGGCUAAUAAGAUAUCAAAUUUGACUAUUCCGUUGCACCAUUUAAAUUUAUGGAUUAGUGUUAAGUAUCCUUCUAAAGCUCAAUUUUUUUGCAAGUAUUAUUUUUUGCUGUGAUCAAAUCACGCGACGGAUUAUUAUCUAACGAGUUGUAGUAUUUGGAUGGUUGAAAAUGAUCCCUGAUAACGUAACGCUGAUAGUUAAGGCCCCAAAUCAGCAAAUCGAUGACCAGAAUAUUGAGUGCCAAUCUUCGUGGACGGUGAAGCAACUGAAGGGCCAUCUCUCAGAGGUGUACCCUAGCAAACCGGGUGCAGAUGAACAAAAAAUCAUAUACUCAGGCCAGUUGUUAGAUGACAACACAGUGCUCAAAGAUGUCCUACGAACAUACGAAAGCCAGAUAGCGCACACUAUGCACCUCGUGUGCACGCCAAAUAGGAACAUGGACCCUCCAGCACCUACUCCCGAUGGACUUAGACAAAGAAAUGUCACUGACAGAGCAGAGCCCAUCCAAGUAACGAGGCCAGAGACACGACAGAAUGAUCAGAACCACACAGUGGAAAUGCAGAACUACUUAAGUUCGUUUGUCAACAAUUAUGGUCGGGUGCCACCUUACCCAAACAAUUACAAUAACUUUGGUGGAAGGUUUCUGCCGGUGAAUCCUAAUGACCCCGCAUCGUAUGCUAAUCAUAUGAUGAUGAUGCAGCAAGCGUACUUGCAGUAUAUGCAGCAGUAUGCCAAUAUGUGGCAAGCUACAAACAACGCAGUGCCCGCGGCGCCGCCCGCGCCGGAGGCACCCGCUGCGCCCGAGCCCGCGCCGGCGCCCGAGGAAGAGGACGCGCCGCGGGACUGGCUCGACCAUCUUUAUGCGGCGUCGCGCAUCGCUAUACUGUUCUCGCUCGUGUAUUUGUAUGGGAGCCCGGCGAGGUUGCUCCUUGUGUUGCUGCUGGCCGUGGCUGGAUACUUGCACCAAAUCGGUUUCUUCCGAGAUCUCCACGUUAACCAGGCGCCGAGACCGCAGCCGGUCCCGCGCCCCGCCGCCGGCCUCGACCCAGCGCCAGCCGCGGCCAACCAAGCUCCGGUUGACCAAGCUCCCGUCAACCAAGCCCCGGUCAACCCCCCAGUCAACCAAGCGCCAGUGAAUGAACCGGCUGCCCAAGUCAACGCUGAAGCUGUUAACGCUGCUCCACAGGUAAACCACGCCAGUGAAACCACCCCACCAGAAGACAACCAACAGUCUCUUUUAGCGGUAACAUGGAUGAUUUUCACCACAUUCUUUGCCUCCUUAAUACCAGAUACAAACUAGUGUUUUAUGAAACUAGUGUGAAUAUUUAGUAUCGUUUGUAAUUGUGGGUUACAUACGCGGAAAUUUUAGUAGAUACCUUUAUUAUUGCUACGUUGGUAAAUGUGGCAAGGAUUCGGUAGUAGAACUUGUUUAAUCGUUUCUCAAUUUAUCGUGUGAUAAAGUCGUAUUGGUAUUUUGAUGGAAUUCCAAUCUGUCGAAGCGGCGCCAUUUUUUAACGUAAUCGGCUUAUUAGAUAUCAAGAUACCUCGCCAAGGUGCAUGACAAUUGCUUGCGUUACAAUAACUAAACGCUUUGUUUCUAUAACUCUGCUAAAGAGACAAUUGCAAUUUUUUAUUAGCAUCAAUGACAAGCGACGUGCAUAUUAGCUAAGCACCUAGGUUGGUAAGUGUCACGCCGAGCGAUCCACACUGAACUAAUAUGUGUUAACUUUAGGGAGCGUUUUAGAGUGGCGCGGACGACAACAUCAACUUCAUACAAAUUGGUCGCGCGGAUCGUGACACUCAAACCAGCCCUAAAGCUGAGUUUAGACCAGCAAGUUAUUGCUGCAAGUUUUGAGACGCAACUAUAUGUAAGAGUGAGUGGCAAAAAUUUGCAUCUCUUUCUUGCAUAUACUUCUGUCUCAAAACUUGCAGCAAUUACUUGCUGGUCUAAACUCAGCUUAAAGGUCUACGAUGACGCCGACUUCGCUAAUAAAUAAUUUGACGUUUGCAAAAGAUAAGCCAUCACUUACGAGUUAUAUUAUGAAUGUUUCAUGAACGCGUAAGAGGCGACCUUCAAAUAUGAAAACUAAAAAACUAUUUCAAGUAGGCAUAGAUAUUACAAUGCGCUUAUGAACGUCAAAUAUAAAAAGAAUAGUGACAGAAAUUGGAAAUCUGGACUAUUCUUUGAGUUUUAUUAGCGUCCUCCGCUAGCGAUUGUCUAGCUAAAUGUAACUACCAAAAUGUGAUGGGUGACUUAUCUUGGAAUAUCACGUAUAAUUUCUGAAUUCGAUUUUUAUAACAUGUAGUUCCCAUUGUAGUCAGUUUUGAAUUACAUCGUAGAUCUGUUAGAUAUUUAGUAAACAGCACAUGAGGUGUGCCCUUUAUAAAGACAAGUCUCCUGGAAAAUGAAUACAUGUAUGUGUUACAUGAUUACAUUUUAAUUUAUUUAAAAUGCAUGUAUACACACAUACAUGUAAGUACUAAUAAACGAGUACAACUAUGUAUUAAAAUGGAGUCAUUGGAUUAGCAAAAUUAUAUUAUUGAAGCUAUUAUUUGCGGUUUGUCGGUUUCUUCGCAGUUAUACAUAGUUUACAAAAACCAGUUGGUCUUGUAAAUGAGCCUUUUGUUUAGAUUUACUUUUGACAAAAGGCCAAGCUAAAAUGCUGUCAGACAUUAAGUUGUAAAGGCCUUCCUUGCUAGGAAAGAAUAGAUCGCCAAAGCGACGAAACCUCGCGGCUUAGCCGCAAUAAUUUUCUAUAGAAAAUAAUAUAGCUUUUUGAAGUAAAGUUUAGCAUAAGCUCUGGUUGUUCAAAUAAAUAAAAUUCCUCGUACUGAUAUAAAACCAAAUAUUAAAUGUGUAUAAUUUAUCUUUUUUUUAGUAUUAGGUGGACUUGCCACUGUGGAUUUAUAAUGUUGUUUGUUAUAGGAAGCAAUUGUGUCGCUUAACUGCAAAUCCGGGUAAAUCCAUUCUGCUUUAAGGUUGAUUAUAUUUAAAAAAAUGUUAUUAUCUGAAAGAUAAUUAACCUUAUAGCAUAAUGCAUUUACCCGAGUUUGAAGUUAGCGAGACAAUUUUGAAGAUUAAUCACAUUUUGACUUGAUGAUUACAAAUUCUUACUUUAAAAACAGCUGUUCUAAUAUAUUAGG